GGUCCCGUUCCCUUGGCAACCGGUCAACACAGUGAGUCAACAGGAAGGAGAACAGAAACUUCUCAAAAGGUUCAGAGAUUUAAAAAAGAAGAAGGGGAUGGAGGACCAGCACUGAAUACUUAGCUUGAGUACAGAGUGACUGACAUCAACCUCAUAUCUACUGUAAACACAGAGCUGAGUGGUGCUUCCUUCCUUCUCCUGGUGGAGGACAACAUGAAGAAGAAAAAAAAGCGGCCCCGAAAAUUCACCAAAAAAGAGCACGCUAAUGUUCCCAUGGACAAAACUUCGCAGUUCAGCAGGCCUGAGUUUGAGAGCUUCCUGUUUGAGAUGACUCGGUGGUUUUCGGAUCAUCAGCUGCACGUGGACGAGUUGUUCAGUCACAGUGACGCAGACAGAAGUGGAUCAGUCAACCUGAAGGAUUUUUACUUGGGUCUAAUGAACUUGGACGUCCCUUGUCAGCAGUUUCAGCUCCACAUGCUGACUCAGCAGCUGAAGACCGAUGACAACAUGAUCAGUUAUCGAGAUUUGAGCACACAGGUGCAGAAGAAACUGAGACUGAAUGACAGCACAGAGAUCGACACUCAGAUAUCAAGAUGUGAUCGUCAGCUGUCAAACCCUGAAGAGGACAUGAGGUUCAUCCGUCUGAGUGUCAGACCGAUCCCCUUCGACCCUACUGCUGCAGCUCAUCCAGGAAACUUUGAGAUUGUUUUGUUGAGCAGCAGUAGAGUUCUCAGUCUGAUCAGGACGAUCCAGGAGCGGGUCGGGAUCCAGACCACCAGGCUGGAGGUUUUCCGGAGUAGAGUACCCACAGAGGAGGCUCGCCUGCCCCCAGGAAGUUUCCUGGAGGAAUGUGGCUUCAGAGGAGGGCCAGAGGAAACUCCUCCAGAGGACACUGUGUACUACGACUACAUGCUGCUGUUUACAGACUGUCCCAUCCUCAACUGUGACCACUACUUCAGCUCAGGGCCAGACUCUGCUUCCAUAAGGAGCGGUCACUAAAUUAAAUACAUAAAAUUACCUCACAGUGUUUUUAGCCAUGCAUGCUGCGGAAGCUACUGUUGGUUAGUCCACCAUUUGGGCGCAGACUGAAAUAUCUCAAGUAUUUGAUUCAGUGCCUUAAUGUUUCAUACAGACGUCCAUGCUCCCCAGAGAAUGAAUCCCUCUGAUUUUGGAGAUCGCCUGUCUUUUUCCCCAAGCACCACCAUGAGGGUCACCUUUGUGGGACUGUUCAAGCAAGCUCAUGCUACUAUUGAAUUAAAUAUUCAACCCCCACUCUCAAUAGAUUUUUUUUCUAAUAAUUUCUAGAUGUUUGCAGUGUCUGAAAUAUUUUGCACAUUUGGAAAUCUGAAACAGGAUAUGGACUAAAAGUUAACGUCUCUGCUCACCCACACAGGUGUUUUCACUUAACUUGACGAAUCACUCCUCUAAUCAGGUGUGACGACGGGAGGAGGUUGUUUGGAUGGUGGUGGAGGAUGUAUUUAGUAUUAUGUAUGAUGUUUUUGGAUUACCAUUACUGCUGCAUCAAUGUGUAUGCACUGCUGUAGAUGUUUAAGGUUGUGAACUCCUUCAUAUACUGUAGUUUAAUCUUGUAGCAUCACUGCCCUGUGAGAACCACGAAUCUCUAGAAAGUCAAGUUUUCAUGGUGUCAGGAAACUUUGUGCUUUGUGAUGAUGCAUGUUUAAGCUGAUCCAAGAGGGUUUUUAAAGAGUUUAUUUGGCUUCAGAAGUUUAUCCUUCAGUUUUUCACAAACAUUUAAAUGAACACAUUUGGAGAUACAUGGUUUUCACUGGGCAGGAAGGAGAUGAAAAACUGUAACCUGAUCCGUAACUGAAGCUGUCAGACAAAUGUAGUGUGGUAAAAAGUACAAAAUUUACUGUUGAGAUAUAUGUAUCAGUGUAAAGUUGCAUUAAUAGUAAAAAUUUGAGUAAAAAAAAGUACAAGUACUUUUAAUUUGUAAUCGAGUAAAUGUACUUACGAACAAUUUUUUGCCCUUGUCAUAAUAAGCUGCAUGUGAGACAAGCAGCGUUUAACUGGUUAAAAAGCAGUAACCAGCAGAUAAAUAAGCCAACUAGAUGAAGAGAGACGUUGCAAGUACAAAACCGAUGUGACCUCUUCUGUAUGGAUACAUAAAUAUAAGUACAAGCUAAGCAUUGAAAGCCUGCAGUGUGAACAUAAAGUUGAACUCUUAAAAGAAGAUUAAUGUCAGAAAGCUGCAGGGGUGUCUCACACUCAGCACCUUGUUUACACUUUAAUUACACUCUCCGAUGUGUUCACCUUUAAGUCACAGGGUGCAACAUGUUGAAAAACCUUUAUACAGAUAUAAAGCAGUGUUCUGAAUUGAGGCCUCAGGGGGCCACAGGGGCUGGACUGUGCUGGAGCUGGAGUCAGUGGAAAGUGCUUGGCUAGUGGAAACCACAGAGCAGCUAUAAACAGCGGCUGGUGGCGACCACUAAAGCGUGCCGACACACCCAGCAGCUUCCCUGCUGCUCCACCCGGCUUUUAGAUUCCUGCUGCACAUGGAGUUCACUGCUGUAUUUGUUAACAAACACAUUAUAGGAGGAGGUUUAUGCAUGAAGACAGAACAACCAGAGAGCACACAGGAGUUCAAGGUUUUCAGUCAAAAUAAUAUUUAUUACAUAGUUUCAAAAAUACUGCGCAAUAUAAAUAUUACAAAAUACUGUGAAUAAUACUGUAUGUCAAUAUACUUGAACUUAAAACAUUUGGGAUUAAAACACAGACAGACUUGAGAUGAGGGCUGCAGCAGUUUGUCGCUCUACAGUGUUAAACUUAUUAAAACAUGUCUGCUGAUGUUUUUCAUACAAACUGAUCUAUGAUUGGUAACUCUGAGAUGUUUUAUGAUUUGGGCCCAAACCUCUGACAGUAAGGCUUUAAAGGAAAAGUUCAACAUUAUUUGCUUUCUUGUCGACGGUUAGAUGAGAGGACUGACACCACUCUCAUGCCUGUAGCGUAAGUGUGAUACAGCCAGCAGCUGGUUAGCUGGGGGAAACAGAUGAGAGCCAGGCUAGCUGUUUCCCUUUGUUUCCAGUCUUUAUGCUAAGCUAAGCUAACAGGCUGCUGGAAGUGCCUUAAAUUAUUUUGCAGAACACAUGCCAAUGGUUUCAGUCUUCUUAUCUAACUGUCAGCCACAAAUUGUUAAACUAUUCCUUUAAUUCAGUUUAACCACUGUACAUUUUUGUGUGUAGAUGAAUGUGAAUGACGCUCCACUGAAAGAUCCUGAAACAUACAAACAGCUGAAGCAGAGAGAACAUUAUGACAGAAAAUGUAGAAUUCCUUUUGUCUCCGAGACUUAAAACUUUCUGGUAACUCAGACAAACUUUGCUGUUUUAUUUCUGUAACAAAAUAUUUUUUGGCAUCUGUCCAGCUGAGGAGUUUGAACCUGAACUUGUUAGCAAACAGUUGCUUACUUACACGCCCAGCAGCUACAGAGCAACAUGAAUAGUCAUUUGUAUCUGUCUCUUUAGCUGCUAAAUGCUCCACUAUAUUCACCAGCUAGUCUCUAACUGUCUGUCUGCUGUUUGAUGCUGAGCAGGUGGUGAACGGUGAGUUUUUACAGCUUUUUUUUUUCAUUGAAAAUGACGCCAUGAGAGCGGUGAGAGUGAACCAGGACAUAAAGUUCUGGGUCGGACAGAUAAACAAUGAUUUGAAUUACACUGUAAAGUUCUGUGUAGCCGAGGGGAUCUGCAGAUUCAGUUGAUAAUCCUGUGUAGGUCCAUCACCAGUUAUUUGAUCCAUUCUUAUGAUAAGAAAAAUUGAUUAAAAAGUGAACACAGAAUCCUCAAAUUCGUUUAUAUGCAUCAACAAUGAUGAUGAUUUCUACCUCAUUGUCUUAAG